AUUUAAUAAAUCAACAUGACUUCCCUCUCUUUUGCAGUGGAAAAUAUUGCACACUGCGAGUUUGCUUACCUGCGAGACCUCCUGAUCAGGACUCACAUGCAGAACAUCAAGGACAUAACGGGCAGCAUCCACUACGAGACGUACCGCGUGCGCCGCCUCAAUGAGUCCAAUGUUCACUUGAGCGCUCACCCCGCUGCGCAGCCAAAAGCCAACGGUCAGCCGGAGCUGGCACACGUCCCCGUGCACGCCAACGGUCUGGCCAUUCAGCACGAAGUUCUCACCCACGAGAUGUAGAGUCCAGCUGCACAAUUCUGUUUACAUCAUCAGCACACCAUUUCACCCACACACACACACAUUAUAGCUCAAUGGGACCUUUUUAAAACCACUUUUCUAAGUCCACAAUUCCGAUAUCAAUUUCCAUUCAGGAUAUUGUCAAGUAGCAUCAUCAUGAUUCAUCUUCUGUGCCAUUGUUUGACUUUGUGUUGUGUGUAAGAUAUUUAGAUUAGCUUUAAUGUAUUGAGGAGGACAAUGUUGUCCUCCACACUGCAACUGAGGAGAGAGAAAGUGUGGAGCAGCUAACUUCUUCAAGUCUGAGGCUUUUCAAAUCUAUAACGUGGUCACCUUGUAUUUCACUGUGCUCAUUUACCAAUGUCUUUUUAUCGCUGCCCCCCCCCCCCCCCCUUUAUCCAUUUAUUUUGCCUGUACAUCCGUAUUAAAGUGUUUUCUAUUAUAAACAAUAUUUGUCUGUUUAGUUAAGACAUUAUCACAGCAACUGUUGAAUACAAGAGAUUAGAGGCCGUAAACUAGCAAGAACAUGUGUUUUAGUAAAAAAAAAAAAAAAAAAAAGCUAAAUCCCCUGCACUUUAGGACCUGGUAGUAAAGCGCACGUUUGUUUGCCAUUAAAAAAUCUCAUAGUGACGUCACAAAUGUGAUAUUUACGUUGCGAGCUAGUUUGAGUUGCAUGAUUUUCCAUGUGUGCCAAGCAACUUGUCCUUUCAACACGUUUGUUUUGUGACUAAACCGACUCGAGGGACAUCUUUUUGCAACAUGUUCCAUAAUCAUCUUGCAUACUCGGCAGCAGCGCAUGAACACAACCUUUUUUUUGUCUUAUUGUUGUAUAGUCAUUGUAAUUUGUGACAGUGUCAUAGAUUAAGGUUUUAUCCUGAUCAUGCUAUCUCUGAAGAAUAAAGAUAGAUAUUUUUAUUGUUUGAA